ACUCAUUCCUAUAGAUAGUUAUUACCAUGGCUACAAUUGAUGCAUCAAUUUGGAUUUAUACUAUAUUAUUGUUCUAUAUUAUGCCACCAUCUAAAAAGACUAGAGUACAUUUUCACGAAAAUAAUAAAGGCCUAAUUUUUUCGCUGGUCACCGGGAUUUCCUCGGUAGUAGCUCUUCGGUUACAUCAGGGCCAGCCAUCGAGAUUGAACUGGUAACCUGAUAAUAAUUAUUAUGUUUUAACUUAUAAUAUUACUAAACUCAAUGCUCGAGCCUCGAAUAGAACUCAGGAAAUCCGAAGCGUUGUCAAACAGCCGAGUAUAAUAAUAUAUACGUGAUUUUCUUCAAUAAAUUAGUGUGUUUAAUAUUAUUUCGUACUGCACUUAAUGGAUCUAUUGAAUUUGUAGACAAUUACAGAUAACGUUUUAGUUGUAUUCCGUCUCUAUACAAUAUAGGUACCUUCAUAAUAUAGGUACUAAACUAAAUCCAUACAUUUCACGAGGUGCAGCGUACAACAAUAUUAAAACAACGAGAUAAGGCAUUGCUGUAUAAUAUCAAAGUACGCUAAAAAGAAUCGAAUUCGUACAUUGGAUCAAUGUAUCCAUACAACACACGUUAGAUACGUCAUGAUGUUACAACACAUAUUAUUUGUUGUUCAUUCAUCAUAUUAUAUGCAAUGGCGUAUAGUACGUUUACUACACCACUUAUUUCCAAGAAUUCGUGUGUCUGGAAAAAUCAUCGAACCCUUUCGAAUGGAAUACAAUACAAAUCAAAUGAAAUCAUAACCCAUGUCGAACAAAAUGCCACCACAAACGAACUGUCUUGGGGCGAUCUUUUCCCUCAGAUAUUAGCAAGCGUAGUUGCUUUUUUGUUGGUUACUCAGCCCGGAAUCAAUAUGGUUUACUCGAACAUAUUUCUGAAUCACUACGAAUUUACAGAUGUUUCAGAAUUAUCUUGGUUAACUAGCAUUCUGGUGUUUUGCACGCCAAUCGGGGCGAUCGCAAUCGGCGUCAUAAUGGACAUGAUCGGCAGGAAGAACGCCUUUUUACUCACGUCCGUGCCUCUCUUGAUAUCCUGGUCGAUCGCUUCGGUUGCUCGGCCAGAAAACAUGUGUUUGAUCUACGCAGGCCGAUUUUUCGCUGGCAUCGGCGGAGGCAUGACGUCCAUGGUCGUCGUUUACGUCUCGGAAAUAGCUCAUUCUUCGCACAGACAAGUAUUGUUGUCGUUGAACAGCGUGUUCUUUUCGGUGGGCGUACUAUUCGCCACCACCGUCGGCUCGCUGUUUCAAUGGCAGGCAGUCAACGUGAUAUUUUUCAUAUUCACGGCCGUCACGACAUUACUCCUGGUCAUCUUCCUGCCGGAGAGUCCGGUCUGGCUAGCCAAAUUCCGGACCAACCGUAACCACGACACCAGGAAUUCGAUGAGAAGAAUAUACCCGAAAAACGAUCAAGUGUUCGCUGAGGAACUGGAUCGUCUGUACCCCAACGCAACGACGACUACGGACGGCACGACGGUGCAUCAGCCACAACACUUCCGAAGCCGGGAGCGGUGUGGCUGGUGGCGUUCACCGCAGCCGCAGACUGUGACCCGGCCGGUGCGCGUGCUGGCCACCGUGUUCCUGUUGCAGCAGCUGAGCGGCUGUUACCCGGUGAUAUUCUACGCGGUGCCUAUCAUGCGGUUGGUGGCCGGCACCACCGCCCUCGGCGGACCUUACACAGACAUGGAAACCAUGGUGGCGCUGGGUAUUGUCCGCCUGUUGACCAGCGUGGUGGCAUGCACGCUGUCCGCGCACGUCGGACGCCGGCCGUUACUGAUCGCGUCUUCGUUGGCCAUGGCGUGCUCAGCCGCCCUGGUGGCGCUGACUCAAGGCCCAACGGCGGCGCCUCAGUGGUCGCUGAUAGGCGUUGCGGUGUUCGGGUGCAGCGGCUCGGCCGGCGUGCUCGUGUUCCCGUGGACACUGGUCGGCGAACUGUUGCCCGUUUCGGUCCGGGCUUCGGCAGGCGCUUUGCUCGUGGCAUACGCAUACACGCUCAUGUUCAUCGUGCUCAAAGCGUUCCCGUACGCUGUGGCUGACGACGGCAAUGGUUCCGUGGCCGCGACAUUUGCCGUAUUCGCCGCCGUAUCGCUGGCCAUGGCCGCGUACGUACACGCCCGCCUGCCCGAGACUAUGGGCAAGCGGUUCGACGAGAUCGAAGCGCAGUUCUCUGACAAACACGCUGUGGCCGCAACCCACAACGCCCGAUGCAAGACGAGCUAUUUGAUGACGCCACCUUGAUAUCGAUACUACAGCGCCUUUUCUCAUCGUAACGGAUGAUAAUCGUUACAUAACUGCAGUUACUAUGUGUAUAAUAAUAUAUAUAAUGGACGGUGUGAGCGGUUAAACGAUGGGAGAAUUAUAUCGUGUUGAGGUUUUGGCCAUUUGACCGAGUAUUACGUAAUUUUGUGAAAAAAAGGUUUUUUUGAGUAGUAGUGCAGAUUUUUGACCUACCGAAAUAUUUUGUUUUUGUAAUUUUGCUCACCUAAAAUGAUGUCCGUGAAAACUGGAAAAGCUAUUUAUAGUCAAUUUUUAGACAGUUAAUGAAAGUUAUGAUUUUAUCAGUAUAAUAUAGUGACAUAUUAUAUUCUAUCUUACUCGAUGUGCCGUCCGUCUUAUGCACACGGCCAUACGUUGAAAACGCGUCGUAAAUAUUAUGAGCAUAAUAUUACGAUCGCAAUUAAUAGUUGUUUAAGGGUGCAGUAAGGGGCGACGAGUGUUCGCUUCCACACCGCUGUAGAAGGGUCGAUGAAAUACUAUUACUGCUGUGUAUAAUAGUAUUAUACAUCGUUAUUUGUUAUGAAAUUCGAUGUUCAUUUUUUUCAUUUGUAUAUAUAAUCGUGUUAUUUAUU